AUGUCCGAAACAAACAUGGAAAAAAAUGCUCAUGGAAAUUCGCUCAGUGAUACUGAUAAGACUUAUUUCAGUCAGCAGACAGCCGAAGUUGUCGUCUGUAACGAUGAGUCCAAAUCAGGCUUCAGCUCAGUUUCCAGAAGUUUUAAAGCCUUCUCUGCUAAACUUGAUGCCCUUGGUGCUGAAGCUCGUGGUAUCGAGCGUGUCCCACCGGAGGAGCGUGAUUACAAUAUGUCCAAAUUGAACAUGUUCUUCCUUUGGUGUUCCGGUACUGGCUCUUUGACCUCUGCUUCUGGUUUUUUCCUUGGUCCUAUUCUAUUAGGAUUGUCUUUGAAAGAUUCUAUGAUCUCUGGUUUAUUUGGGGCUUGCUUCGGUGCGUUAGUUGCUGCAUUCACCUCUACCUUGGGCCCCAAAUCUGGUUUGAGACAGAUGGUUGGCUCAAGGUUUUUCUUUGGUUGGUAUUUCUCUCGUUUUUGCUCUCUCCUCAACUUCAUUUCCGUGUGUGGUUUUAGUGUCAUCAACUGUGUGUUUGGUGGUCAGAUUCUUAAUGCCAUUUCUCAUGGUAAAUGUCCUAUAGAGAUUGGUAUUGUCAUCAUCUCGGUACUAUCUGGUAUCGUUGCAAUUGUGGGUAUUCGGUUUGUUCACAAGUGUGAAAAGUAUAUGAGUGUGCCGUUGCUCAUAUUCUUCUUACUUACCUUUAUUUGUGCCGGUAAAGACUUUGAUAACUUUACUCCUUCCGUGGGAGAUUCCGUCACUGUUGCUGGCAACUGUCUUUCUUUCUUUGCCGUUUGCUUUGGUAUCAACGCUGGUUGGGGAUCUAUUGCUAGCGACUACUAUAUUCUUUUCCCUGAAAAAACAUCUUCCUGGCUCACUUUUAGUGUUACAUUUGUCGGUAUUUUUGUUCCUUCUGCAUUUGUUGGUUCUUUAGCUAUCUGUAUUGCAUCUGCUUGGCUUUCCAAUCCGGCAUACCAAACUGCUUAUGAUAAUUAUGGUAACGGUGGACUCUUGAAGCAGGCUCUCUCGAGAUGGAACGGUGGAGGAGACUUCAUUUUAGUGAUUCUUUUCCUUUCUUUAUUCACCAACAAUAUCUUGAAUCUUUAUUCGAUGCCUCUUUCGGUUCAGGUGAUUCAUAGUUUCUUCUUCAGACUCCCAAGAUGGUUCCUCACUGUCGUUGGUUUCAUUAUUUGUUUGGUCUGCUCUGUUUGCGGUAGGAACACUCUUUCCAACUACUUGAACAAUUUCUUACCUAUGAUCGGUUACUGGAUUAUUAUUUUUGGAACUAUCAUAUUUGAAGAGAUGAUAUUCAGAGGAUCGAAAAGCAACUUCAAUUGGGCUGACUGGAACACUAAGGAUAAGCUCACUCAUGGUUAUGCUGCAUCUUUUGCAUUCUGCUGUGGUGCAGCUGGUGCCGUUGUGGGUAUGUGUCAAGCCUAUUAUAUAGGCCCAAUUGCCAUUAAAAUUGGCGAGUAUGGUGGAGAUGUGGCUAUCUGGUGUUCUCUAGUGUUCACUGGAGUUGCUUAUCCACCUUGCAGAAUUCUUGAGAAGAAGUACUUUAAACGCUAA